UCAGCCAAACUCCCAUCUCCUGCCCACAUGUCCUACAACUGCUGCUCUGGAAACUACUCCUCCCGCUCCUUUGGGGCAUACCUGCGCUCCCCAAGUUCUUCCUGUGGCUCUUCCUGCCCCAGCAACCUGGUCUACCGCACUGAUCUAUGCUCUCCCAGCACCUGCCAGCUGGGAUCCUCUCUCUACAGUGGCUGUCAGGAGAACUGCUGUGAGUCCACCAGCUGCCAGACAUCCCGUGUGGUGUCCAGCUCGUGCCAGACGUCCUGCCACCGCCCGAGGACCUCCACACUCUGCAGUCCUUGCCAGACGACUUGCUCUGGGUCUGUGGGCAUUGGGUCCAGCAGCUGCCGUUCCCUGGGCUAUGGAUCCAAAAGCUCUUACUCACUGGGCUGUGGAUCCCAGGGCUCCAGAUCCAUGAGUUCUGGAGUCUGUGGCUUCCCUUCUCUGGGCUAUGGAUCCAGAUUCUGGCAUCCAACCUACUUGGCUUCUAGGAGCUGCCAGUCUCCUUGUUACAGGCCAACCUAUAGAUCAGCCUUCUCUAGACAAACCUGUUGAGUUUCCAGACCCUUUGAGCAAAAUAUUUCAGUCUCUACAUAGAGCUGCUAUCAGUAAUGUUAGCUAAACGCCUCUCACCUCCAGCUCUUCACCCUUUGUCUGGCAUCAAGUACCAGCUGAUAGACUAGUUCCUUUAGACAGUGAAAUUAAUGAAUGACCAAAAUGUUAAGUGUGUGCCUAUAAUUUUGAACAAUUGACUCAGAAUUACAUAAAUUCUUCUUACAAAAUGUAUGGAAAUUCAGUUUUGUUUGACCUAAUAAAUUCAUUGACUAUUGUAU